AUGGUGUCGACAAUCAUGAAUCAGCGGAAAUAUGCUCUUGAACUCAUUGCUGAUCUUGGUUUGACUAAUGCUAAACCCGCGCCUCCACCUCUGGAGCAGAAUUUAAAAAUGACCAGUUUGGACUAUGAUGCUGCACUGGACAUACAUGAUGCCACUGAAGAAUUAGCUGAUGCGAGCGUCUACCAAAGACUAAUUGGGAGACUCUUAUAUCUCACCAACACUAGACCAGGCAUUGCCUUUGGCGUACAGCACCUUAGCCAGUUUAUGCACAAGCCGAAAAAGAGCAUUAUGAAGCUGCCUUGCGCAUUGUGCGAUACAUCAAGAACAAUCCGGGCCAAGGUAUUUUUCUUCCAGCUGAAGGUACCACCAACAUCCAAGCCUAUUGUGACUCUGAUUGGGCCUCUUGCCCCAUGA